AUGACGACGCUGGCGGUGCGGCGCCGUGCGGUGUGCGCCCUGGCGCUCCUUGCGCUGCUCUGCGGCUGCUGCUGCGCCUCCGUCUGCGGGGCGAAUGCUGAUGAGUCUCGGACGACCGGGGUUGUGAACGUGUUGGUGGAUGUGUCGUGCCCGGCCACCGGCAACAAGUUGCGUUGGCGCGUUGCCGGCAAGGGGGAUUCCGCUGCCUGGAGGGAGUGUCCGCAGACAGUGACGGGUGCGAAGAGCAUUGAGGGCGAUGCUGGCAGCAAUUCCCUCUGCCUCAUUGCCGGAUCGGCGUACAUUGACACGUCCCUGACGCGGAACUGCACUGCACCCCAGCCAGCAGGGGACACGAAUAAAGUUGUUGCGUUCACGAUGGACUGUACGGCGGCCGCAAACAGCGCGCUGCACAAUCUGUCGAAGAGCGAAGAUGGCACCCUCACCCUCAAUCCAACGGACAAUCCACUGGGCGUGUCAGGCGGUUGUGAGUACCCAACCUCCAGUCAAACCGCGGCUGAAGUGCAGCCAGAACCCCAAUCUACAGAACAACAGCAGCCAGCAGGCCCACAACAACAACAACCGGCAAAUGCAGCAGCAGCGUCAUCUUCGGCGCGAACUAAUGACGGAGACCGUGCGGGGAAUGGGGGCUCCACUGCUACUGUUGCGGGGCAGCCAGACAGUGCGGAGGGAGGCGGAAGUCGGGAACCAUCGCCAGAAGGUCCUCGGGAAACUACAACUCCAUCGGUUGGCAAUGCGGCUUCGUCCACACAGACGGCCGGCGACAGGGCAGCAGAUGGAACGACGACGACGACCACCCGCAGUCCGAGUGCUGGGAGCCACGCGGACAGCAGUGCCCACAUCGCCGCUGCGUGGGAGCGUGCCCCACUGCUGCUGCUGCUGCUCACGGCUGCCCUUGCCUGUGCUGCUGCGUAG